AAUUUAGUGAAACCUAUCAAAUCAGACUUUCAAUUUGAUCUCACCAAACUGUCCAUAGACGAUGGAAUUUUUUGGUUUGACCAGCUACGGUUCUAGUUCCCCAAUCAAAGACAUGAUGCGUUCGGAUUACCAAGAACCAGAGAAACCACCGCAAAAUAUUCUGGAUGUCGAGAAUAAAUUUGGCUACACUCUUUCUGAGCGUAUAAAAGAGUUGGACUGCUACAUUGGAUUCACAGAUGGGUACGCCUAUAGAUCUUGGGACAGGUUGACAAGAAUGAGACGAAAAUCAGUUUUGAAACCAGUUGGUCCAACAGAUAUGUACAAAUAUCCUGGGAUAAACUCGAUGGAUUAUGGCUGGUGGAAUUCAGAUCCAGAUUUGAGCAGAGACUGGUACAAGCCAAGAGUAUUUCAUUCUCAAAUGACAUCAGAAAUGAGCCGAUUCUACAAUCAUUGUCUAAAAGUGGAUAAAUAUUUCAAGAAUUGAACUCCAUCUACCGUCCACA